GUUGUGCUCCUUGCUCGACAGCCAGCGACUGUGUGCAUGGACGCCUCAACGACCUCUUUCUCCGACACUGCGACCUCGGCCCUCCAGACAGCCACCGCUACGCCAGAAGUACCUCCUAGCGACUCCGUGCCGGCUCACCAUGCCAGCCCCGUGGUGGCUUUCAUCAUUGGCCUCGCUAUCAUCCUUCUGGCAUCCAUUCUUAAUGCUGCCGGACUCAACUUGACGAAGCUGGACCAUGUGCGCACAAGUGCAAUACCGAAAUCUGCACGACGACAAGACUGGUUACGACCCUUAUGGCUGCUUGGAAUGCUAUUAUACAUUUUAUCGCAGCUGAUUGGAAGCACUCUUGCUCUGGAGUACAUGCGUGCAGAAUAUGUCGCACCUUUGGGCUCCACAUCCUUAAUUUUCAACUUCCUGUUCGCGAAAUUUUUGGUUAAUACUCCCGUCACGAAGACCGACAUAUACGGUACUAUCAUAGUAAUCAUCGGCGUAAUUGGCAUCGUCGCAUUCGGCUCGAUCAAUAGCGGUCUCGCCACGGAAACAGAUGCAAAACACCUCACCGAAUUAUGGUCUCGCGGCAACUGGCUCGCUUAUUUCUUCUUCAUGUUCUUCGCCCUUCUGUCCCUUUACGUCUUCACCUCACAUCUUGACCAAGUCCUUGCCGCGCGUGCCGACUUGACAGCGGAGCCUUUUGCGGGCAUGCGAGCGCGCGCUGGCGGGCUUAUCACUCCACCCACCUUCGCGGGGAAAGUGCUUGCGUUUUGGGACAACGCGAUGAUGUGGACGAGGGAGAAGCUCGAACUGUGGACUGCGGCACACAAUGACAAGCGCAUAGCCUGGACGCUCGGCAUUGGCUGGGCAUGCUGUGGUGGCGGACUUGCGGGGGCGACACUGGUGUUCGCGAAGGCGUCUGUGAAGCUCAUCUCCGGCGCCAUGUCGCAUGAGAACACCGGAAAUCAAUUCGGGCACGCGUCGGUGAUCUUCACAUUCAUCUUCUUAGCUGUCACAGCUGUGUGUCAGAUCAUCUGCUUGAACAAGGGCCUUGCCGUAUACGACUCGACCCUCGUCGUUCCCGUCUUCUACGGCGUUUACACGGGCUUAGGAUUUCUCGAUUCUCUGAUCUUCAACGACGAGGUCGACGCCUACCCGUCUUGGGGCCUUUUCCUCAUAUUCUGCGCCAUGAUCGUGCUAGUCUCCGGGGUCGUGCUUCUCACGUACAAGAAGCCAGAGCCCAAGGCUGCGGCACCCUCAUCCGGUGACCCGCCAAGAGGACGCGGCCAUCGAAGCGCGACCAAAGCUACUUUUGUCACUCCCGGUCUGGAGGAGGAGGAAGCGCUCCAGCAGGGCGCGGACGCCGAGCACGACGAUGCGGCGAUGUGGCAGCUCGGCGACGCGAGCGAUGACGAAGACGAGAGUGGCGGUGUACGCUCUCCGCGGUCUCCGCGAUCACCUCGUUUGCAGCCCAGCUCUCCUCGGGCCCAGCGCACAGCGCGAUCGCGUGGAGAAGGCGAAGAAGCCGGUAUGCUUUCCCAAGACCACGACGAUGACGACGAAGUUGAGGCCAGGAGGCGUACAUCCUCAUCAUCGGAUUCGGACGCGACGCUUACCCGGCCCGACGCUGCGACAUACAUAGACGAUGAUGCGUUUGGAGCUUGGGAAGCUGCGCCGGCCGGGAAGGCGCGGACCUGA